GACAAGAUUGUUUGUUGAAGUUUGCUUGGGCCGUAACGUAGGUUAUUCUUGCGGUGUUUUAACUGAGAAUUGUAUUAUAUUUCUCCUACAAAAUGUCGAACAUUAAUCUGCAAUGUCUAUUAGGAAUACAGUGUGAUGAUUUCGUUAUGAUAGCGGCUGAUCAAAGCAACAGCCACAGUAUUAUGGUUAUGAAAGACGAUGAGGAGAAGAUCUACAAGAUAUCUGACAAACUUGUCAUGGGGGUUAUCGGCGAUUCUGGAGACACAACACAGUUUGCUGAAUACAUUGCAAAGAAUCUUCAAUUGUAUAAAAUGCGCAACGGAUACGAACUGGGACCUACAGCGGCGGCCAAUUUUACACGCAGAAAUCUCGCCGAAUAUUUGAGAAGCAGCACACCGUACUUUGUGAAUGUGCUGAUGGGUGGCUAUGACAAAGAGAAUGGGCCAGAGCUAUACUUUAUGGAUUACCUUGCAUCUAGUGUGAAAGUUCCCUUUGCCUGCCAUGGUUUUGGAGGAUACCUCAGUUUGAGUAUCUUGGAUCGCUACCACAAAAAAGAUGCCACUGAGGAGGAAGCCUAUGAAAUGCUGAAGAUGUGUGUGAAAGAGGUCCACCGGAGAUUGUUUGUCAGUCUGCCCAACUUCCAAGUGACUGUGGUUAAUAGGGAUGGCAUCAAAGUACUGCCUGUCAUUAACUCUGCAUCUUUGAAGUAAUUUUUAUAAUAAAGUGAUGUUUUCUUCUAUA